AUGGCCGGGCCGGCCACGCCACGAACCCCACAAAACGCCCGCGAACGCCUCACCGAGCCGCCCCGGCAACCCCCUCGCACCACGACGUCCCUGUUCCCUCGCGCCACCGGGGGACGCCACCGUCCGGCCACCGCCGGAAAAACUCCUUUGUUUUCCAUACCCCUUUUCGCGUCCUCUCUUUUCGCGCUCCGCCCCUUUCGACCCAGUUUAAAAGCCGCCACCCCACGCACCACACCACACCACACCACACCCACCCUCCCCGUCGCUCGCCGCACAGACCACGGCACGCACGCUCCCCUCACGCUCUUGCAGCUCUCAGCUCGUCACAAAAUGCAGAUCCUCCGGCUGCUGGCCGCGCGGCGCAGUGCUGCGUCCACCGUCAAUGCCGACCGCCAGGACGGCGAGGGCGAGGACGAGGGGCCCUUCUUCGACCUCGACUUCGCGUCCUGCUCCCUCCGCGACUCCUCCUUCAGCUCCAGCUCCGGCGCGCUCUCGGGCUCCGAGUCCGACUCCGACGAGGAGCUCGACUUCGUCAUCUCCCUCCAGCGGAGCCGCUCCGCCUCGGAGCCGCCGUCCAAGGCGAAGGCCACCGGCCUCAAGCGCGGCAUCGGCGGCCUGCGCACGCUCAGCUUCGGCGCCAGGAAGGCCGCGCCGCUCCACGGCGUCGGCCGCCGCAGCUUCGCCCGGAGCAGCUCCGCCAGCGCGCGGUCGCUCCGGCUCUUCAUGGCGACGCCCCACCCCGACGAGGACGAGCAGGAGCGCGCCGGAAGCAGGCGCGCGCCGUCCCGGGACGUGAUCAGGAGGUGCCUGGCCAGGAUCUCGCGGCGGCUCCGCACGGCCGCGGCCGGCGAGGCGAGGGGCCUCCGUCGCCUGCGCAAGUGCCGGUCGGCGUCAUCGGCUGUGGCCGGCACUGCGCCGCGCCGCGACGACGACUCGGCGGCCGAGAAGCAGGACGGCAUCGCCGGCGCCAUCGCGCACUGCAAGGAGUCCAUCCACCGGGCUUCCAUCUCCGACUGCGACUCGCCGCUGCUGCGGUCUCGGAGCGACCCGGGGAAAUGCGAGGCCGCGUCCCCCUCGCCGAAGAAGAAAUGAAACAGAGUAGAAGCAGAGCAUCAAAGUUCCAAGAAGAACAUCAUCUUUGCGUUGCGUGCGUUGUUUAUGUGUGUUUGACGUCCUAGAGUUUCUAGUUUAAGGAUUCUGGUUAGGUGUAAGCGUGGGAAAAGAGCUCUUUUUAGGCUCCUUUACCCUCCCCAAUCACGACCCAUCUCAUGGCCUCGUUCAUGCAUAUGCUGAUAUGCAUAUGCAUGCACGUAGAUGAACGUGGAUUGUAGCUGUUUGCGUCCUUUGCUGUCUCUUUUCCUCCUCAUUUCCCCCCUCACCUUUGUCAGUCCGCGUGCUUGCUUUGUUGUCCUCGUGUGUAGUACAUGUGAAAUGUAAGGUGUUAGUACAUUACUUAUUAGCAUUUGAGAAACUAUUUUAGCCGCUCA